AUGGAGAAAUCCGAAUCGUCUCAAGAUAAUGCCGUGGAGGUUCCCAUCUCUUCACCAGUCUCUAGUUCACAUUCUCUAUCCAAAGAACUUACCCCGGACCCCUCACCACAGGAAUCAACAAUGGACUCUCCUGACGCAUCCGAGUCCGCGACGGACACAAUAAUGAUCCCGGAGGAAGAACGAAAGUAUCUUACAGGCAUGAAACUUUAUUUGGUGACAGGCGCAGUUACCUUGGUCUCUUUCCUAAUGCUUCUGGACCUUUCUAUCAUUGUCACGGCGAUUCCAAGGAUAACGGAUCAUUUCAACUCUCUUGCUGAUGUUGGAUGGUACGGAAGUUCAUAUCAAAUUGCAAGCGCUUGCUUGCAACCACUCACAGGAAAGGUCUACAGCAACUUCAAUUCCAAAUGGACUUUCUUGGGUUUCUUUUUCGUGUUCGAGCUGGGCUCAUUGCUCUGUGGCAUCGCAAACUCCUCGAAGAUGCUCAUUAUCGCUCGUGCGGUUGCAGGUAUGGGAGGAUCUGGCCUUAUGAAUGGUUGCUUAACUAUCAUCGCAUCAUUGGUGCCACUUCACAAAUCUCCGGGUUUAAUCGGAAUGGUCAUGGGCUUUUGUCAACUUGGAAUGGUCGGUGGUCCACUGAUCGGGGGUGUUCUUACCGAAAAAGUGUCUUGGAGAUGGUGUUUCUACAUUAAUCUCCCAGUUGGUGCUGUUGCCACAAUCCUCCUUCUUUGCAUUGAAGUUCCCGAUCAAAUUGUUAAACCUCCAGUCAAAAAUGCAGCCACAACAAUCAUGCGCGAGCUUGAUCUAAUCGGCUUCGCUCUCUUCUCCCCUGCAGCUAUUCAACUCCUCCUGGCGUUGGAAUACGGCGCGGGUACAUAUGGAUGGAAAAGUGCCACAGUCAUCGGUCUCUUCUGUGGAGCCGGCGGCACAUUUAUCAUAUUUCUUCUCUGGGAGUACCGUAUAGGGAACAAAGCAAUGAUCCCUCUCCAGAUGGUUGCAAAACGCAAGGUCUGGACAAGCUGUCUUGUCAUCAUAGCUAUGUAUGGAGCAGGACUUGCCGCAUCCUAUUACUUGCCGAUCUACUUCCAGGCUGUGAAAGAUGACUCUCCAAUUAUGAGCGGUGUAUCUUUACUACCAACCAUUGUGAUGCAGAUUAUCUUCGCUGUCAUGUCUGGAACCUUGAUUGGAAGACUAGGAUACUAUACUCCUUGGGCCAUCUUUGCAGGAGUUACGAACUGUGUCGGCGCCGGCCUCUUAUCAACAUUGGCACCAGAGACAUCCACCGCGAAAUGGAUUGGGUACGAAAUGAUAUUUGGCGCCAGCCGAGGAGCCGGUUUUCAAACGCCUAUCAUUGCCAUCCAACACGCCGUACCCCAAGGCGAUGUUUCCGUCGCCAUGGCCCUACUCAUUUUCAGUCAAACACUCUCUGGCGCUGUAUUUCUGACAAUCGCAAAUGUGAUUUUCGACGCCGCAGCGAUUCUUGCUGCCGGUGCUACGACCUUCAGAUCUGUUGUUUCGAAGGAAGAUCUACCUGGAGUCUUGAAAGCCUAUGCGAAGAGCUGUGACUAUGUCUUCUACAUGGCUACAGGACUUGGUGUUGUAAUCUUUGCAUUUGCAUUUGGCAUGGGCUGGACUGAUGUCAGGAAGAAGAAGCCUUCCGAGGAGAAAGCGUAG